AUGUAGAUAAAUGUGAGGAUUUUCUGUAAAUCUCUCUCCUGUUUGCUAAAUCUGUCAGUCACUCUUAAAAUCAGAGCAGAUAGCGCCUACCCAAAUGGAACAAAGUCCACUUUAUUGAAAUGUACUGCUCUGAACAAUCUGCCUGGAAGUAUUACUAUUAUUUUUUAUUUCUUGUUAUCACAGCUAACACUUUCAUUCUCAGACCCUGCACUUAUAAGAAGCAAUGGAAAAAAACAACAACAGUCUUUCAACACAAAUAUUUAAGUGCUACUUUUGUGAUAUCUUAAAGGUUAAGAUUCACACAAUGUCCUACAUUCAUCUCUUCUACCUGGCUCUGUGUCUACUUACCUUAAGCCAUUCUGUAGCUGCUGGUCCAGAGACUCUUUGCGGAGCUGAGUUAGUGGAUGCUCUACAGUUCGUAUGUGGAGACCGGGGCUUCUAUUUCAACAGGCCUCCAGGGUAUGGAUCCAGCUUUCGACGUUCCCAUCACAAAGGAAUAGUGGAUGAGUGUUGCUUUCAAAGCUGUGAUUUAAGAAGGCUAGAGAUGUACUGUGCACCCGCCAAGCCGGCAAAGUCAGCACGUUCUGUGCGUGCUCAGCGUCACACUGAUAUGCCAAAAGCCCAGAAGGAAGUACAUUUGAAGAACGCAAGUCGAGGAAACACGGGAAGCCGCAGCUUCAGGAUUUAAUUCCUGCCACACAGCAUCUUGAAGUAUGAAUGUACCAUCUGCAGGAUACGUUACUGUAACAGAAGAAUCUGAUAAAACAGUGAAGAUUUCACACAUAUCUGAAUCAAUGGGCAUUUUUCCUAUGAACAAUACAAAUGCACAUUCCAAUCUUAGAAUUUCCAGAAACGAAUAUUCCAACUCACAAGGCUGAUUUAAUCCUGUUUAAUCUUUCGUCUGUUUUACAUAUCCUGCACAAACAUUUCUUUUUGAUAGUCUGUGUUCCCAAAAGGUCCAGAAAUUAAUGGCCUUUUGAUGGCUCCAAUUGCACUAAAUUUAAUCAAUGUUCCAUGGAUUCUAGGAGUAUUAUCCAGCAUUGUCCAAGAGAUUUUCUCUAAUUUGCACUUCUAUACAUGCAACAGGCUGUUUAUUUUUCAGUGUCUGAUAACAUUGUUUGCCUGCCCUUCCUAUAUUUGCACAAUUUUUGCCCUUUGGCAAAAUAAAAAAAGCUUUGAAUUUUUAAGCAUUACUAAAUUCCACAUAAUGUAUUAUGCUAUAGUUAAAAUCUUCCCUUAAAUAUGUUUUCUCAUUUCCUUAAAUAUGGAUUGAUAUAAUGAUAACUUCGAGUUCCACAGAUGCCUGCACUAAAAGGAUUAAAUUAA